GAAAAUGUCAGUUGUCAAAAUUGAACUUUUCUCUUUUCUUAUUUUCUUUUUUCUUUCGUUUUAUUUAGUUUCAAGAUGGCAGACUUUGUGGACGAAGUGAUUAUGGAUUCUGAUGAAAAUGAAGAGAUUAUUACAAAAACCCCGGAAGAAAUCGCAGAACUCAAGAAAGAAAAUGGCAACCAACUAUACAAAAUCAAGCAAUACAGAUCAGCACUUCCUCUCUACAAUGAAGCCAUCAAUCUCUGCCCAGACACAGCUGCUUACUAUGGAAAUCGCGCUGCCUGUUACAUGAUGUUGAACAGGUAUGAAGAGGCACUUGAAGAUGUCAGAAAAAGUGUCCAGUUGGAUCCUAACUUCGUCAGAGGUUACAUCAGAAUGAUCAAAUGUGGUAUUGCUAUGGGCGAUCUCAUGACGGCCGAGUAUGCCAUAAAGAAAGUGCAGGAACUUCAAACGGACAGUUCAGGCAUCGCCAGCGAAGUGAAGACGGUGGAAAAGCUGAAGCACAACGAGACCGAGGCGUCGAAGGCGUACGACAAGCGCGACUUCCGCAAAGUGGUCUACUGCAUGGACCGAUGCCUGGACGAGGCGCCCACCUGCCAUCGCUACAAACUCACCAAGGCCGAAUGCCUCGCUUUUCUCGGCAGAUACCAGGAGGCCCAAGAGAUCUCCAACGGGAUCUUGCAUUUGAACAAGGGCAACGCCGAUGCCAUAUACGUAAGAGGUAUGUGUCUGUUCUACGACGACAACCUUGAUAGCGCCUUCCAACACUUCCAGCAAGUUCUGCGACUUGCGCCAGAUCAUUCCAAGGCGAUGAACAUUUACAAACGUGCCAAAAUGUUGAAGAAGAAGAAGGAGGAGGGGAAUGAGGCAUACAAAGCAUGCCGUUUUCAGGAAGCACACAAACUCUAUACGGAAGCCCUCGAAAUCGACCCGCUUAACAAAAAAACCAACGCCAAAUUGUAUUUCAAUCGAGCCACCGUGCUAUCGAGACUGACCAAAACUCGCGAGGCCAUCGCAGAUUGCACCGCCGCCUUGAACUUGGACGACACCUACCUCAAGGCCCUCCUCAGGCGCGCCAAGUGCUACAUGGACUCGAACGAGUUCGAGGAGGCCGUCAAGGACUACGAGAAGAUCUGCAAAAUGGACAAGAGUCGCGAGAACAAGAAGUUGUUGCAGGACGCCAAGUUCGCGCUGAAAAAGUCCAAGCGCAAGGAUUACUACAAGAUCCUCGGCGUGGAGAGGACUGCCGGAGACGAUGAAAUUAAAAGGGCGUACAAAAAGAGGGCGCUCAUCCAUCAUCCCGACAGACAUGCGAGCGCGACGGAGAACGAGAAGAAAGACCAAGAGAAAAAGUUCAAGGAAGUGGGGGAGGCUUACGGCGUUCUGUCGGAUCCGAAGAAGAAAGCUCGAUACGACAACGGGCAGGACAUGGAGGAGUUCGAAGGCGGAAUGGAUAUUGAUCCUACUCAAGUGUUCCAAACCUACUUCGGAGGAGGUGGCCAUGGACAAGAAUUCUCAUUUGGAGGUGGUUUUCCUGGUGGAUUCUCUUUCCAGUUCGGUUGAGUGGUGCAAAUUCAAAGUAUGUUGUACAUUCCAGUGUUCCAGAAGUGUUUUUUCUUUUCUUCUCUAUUACUAACGUAUCUCUGUCUUUAUUGAUGAGCUGGAUGAUGAGCUUUUUUUUUUUGUUUUGAAAUUAUAGUGUAUAAUUUAUAGCACAAAUAAAGGAGGUGAAUAUUUCACCAAAUUCUUAGAACUGAAUAUUAGGAAGCACUACCAACCGGAAGAUUGUUUUUACUUUGCCGAGUAAAGUAGGAUAUUGAAAUGAUUUUUCCUUUUUUUAAAUCUCCUUUUGGCAUGUUUUGUUGUACAAAGUUGUAUAUUAUUAUGUUAUUAUGUUACUUCCUCAAGUAAUAAACAUGAUUUUGACUAUGUG